AUGGAUAGCCACGCCAGCGGACGAGGAAACUCGUCCGGACGCCAUUCACAUCACGGUGGUUUGAACAACGCUCCACUAGGAAGCGUUGACCACCGAUUGAGUCCACCAAAAGAUGUGGUUGUGACGAAAACAUUUGAUCCGGCUCGAAGGUCGGAUCAUCUUGAUGUUCAGGAGCGGAACCGCGUAACGGAACAGCUGCAAGAUGACCUGGCUCAUGAACGGAGUCGGCGUUUUGAGCUCCAUGAUCUUGUAAAGGACAAUUACAAUUCUUCAGCGCACGAUCGCUGA